AUGGACGCCAUCGUGAUGUGACGGGGUUGAAGUUGAAAACCCGUUCAGGAUGAAGCAUGUGACAAUGACAUUUGGGCAGCGUUGAGGUCAAACUUACAAUGUGCAACAAUCACCGUUGAGUUGCUCCGGAAAUUUGAUCACUGUUGGCUUGGCCUGAAAUGACCCCAGACGACGAUGAAGGAGACGGCCCGCCGUCAGACACGGAUCAAGAUCAACCGCAAGACGAGCUGGAAGAUGUUGACCGCCAUGAGCGGGAAAUUGCCUCACUAGUGCCUAAGGCUAUUCUACGCCUAGACGAGUCCGUAGUGAACAAGAUUGCAGCUGGAGAAAUCAUUCAAAGACCCUCAAAUGCACUCAAAGAGCUCGUUGAGAACAGCUUGGAUGCUGGUGCCACGGUCAUCAGGGUGGUGCUUAAAGAUGGCGGUAUCAAAAUGCUGCAGAUACAAGACAAUGGGCACGGUAUUCGUAGCGAAGACCUCCCACUUUUGUGCGAACGAUUCACCACGUCAAAGCUGCGAGACUUCUCUGACCUAUCGAAGAUGACGACAUUUGGGUUCCGGGGUGAAGCCCUCGCGAGUGUCAGCUACAUCACGGCGAGUAUGAAUGUCGUGACCAAAACGAAAGACUCGAACGUAGGCUACAAGGCAUACUAUUCUGAAGGCGCCAUGGUGCCUGCCAAGCCAGGGCAGUCCGCAGCCCCCAAAGUCUGCGCAGCUACUGACGGUACAACCAUCACCGCUGAGGAUUUGUUUUACAAUUCACCUCAGCGGUGUCGAGCACUGGGCAGCUCAUCAGAAGAGUAUAAUCGAUGUUUGGAUGUUAUCGGGCGGUACGCAGUGCAUUUCGGAGGCCGUGGGGUUGGCUUCAUGUGCAAGCGGGCAAGCAAUAACAUGACCGACCUCAGCACUUCUGCUAGCCCCGACAAUACGACCUUUGAUACAAUCAAGCUGCUCCAUGGUCAAGGCAUCGCCCGCGAGUUGGUACGCCUCAAGCCGCACCGGAACGAUGCGCUGGGCUUUUCUGUGGAAGGCUGGGUCAGCGGUGCGAACUGGUCGGCCAAGAAGCUCACAAUGCUGUGCUUCAUUAACCAUCGUUUGGUGGACUGCCCAAGCUUACGCAAAGCAACCGAGGCGCUCUACUCUACAUUGCUUCCGAAAGGCGGGCAUCCUUGGCUCUAUAUCAGCCUCGAAAUCGCACCGGAGAGGGUUGACGUCAACGUUCAUCCCACGAAGCGGGAAGUGCAUUUCCUCGAUGAAGAUGAUAUCGUUGAUGCUAUCUGCAGUCACUUGCAGAGUUGCUUGGUCGGCGCAAACCAAAGCAGAACAUUCCAAUUCUCUCAGAUACUACUUCCUGGCGCAGAGCAACCAUACCUGAGCCGCCCACAAGUCCGAUCGAGGUCCAACGGCAAUCUGUCAACACAGAAAGGGUAUCCUCGACAUUCGGUUCGGACAGACUCGAACACUCAAACGCUCGACUCACAUUUGGUCGAGCAGGUAACUACUCUGCAAGCAGGCGCAAAGAGUCGAUUCGAAGAUGAUCACGAAGAAGUUCAGGAGCCGGGCGAAGUGUCCAACUCGGAGGAGACUCUACCACAUUCUGUGCCAAGUUUUGCACAGCGCCCAGCACUGGUGCAAGGCUCAUCACGCUCGGGCAAAGUUCAGCAGAGCGAGUGUUCUCUGAAAUCUAUUGCCGAGCUCAGGUCCGAAAUCCUCACCGAAAAGCAUGCUGAAUUCACUGAAAUUAUUCAGAAUCACACCUAUGUCGGCUCUGUCGAUCUGAGUCGUGGGCUGUCUCUCGUCCAACAUUUGACGAAGCUGUACUUGAUCAACCAUGCAUUGAUCAUCGAAGACUUUGCUUAUCAGCUGAUCAUCCGCCAGUUCGGUAACUUGGAAAGCAUUGCGCUCGAACCACGGAUCAGUCUGGAGGAGCUGAUCGCGACAGGCUUGGACAACGACGAAGACUUUGGACGCAGCGGCUUAGAACGCGACUCGACUGCGAAUAAGAUAUAUGCGCUCGUGACUGCCAAGUCAGAGAUGCUGCAAGAGUACUAUGGAAUCAAAAUUGACGAGGAGACUGGAGAGCUCAUGGCCAUGCCUUCUCUGCUACCAAAACACUUCGCUUUUCCCCUCGAAAACUUGCCCCGCUUAUUCAUGCGCCUCGGUCCACAAGUUGAUUGGCAGGAAGAGAAGCGCUGUCUGGGGGGCAUCGCUCGUGAGCUUGCUUUUGCCUGCGUGCCUGCACCUCUCACCGACGCAAAUGCUGCAGAGGAAGAGUCGCAGAAAUGGAACAUCGAGCACGCAUGGUUUGCAAACAUGAACAGCAAGCGGGGCUCGUACAAACCUUCUACGUCGGUGCAACGUAGGGCAGUUUUCCAAGUAGCUGCAAUGUCCGACUUGUAUCGCGUCUUCGAGAGAUGCUAAAGAGCGUUGUUACCAGCAUGAUAGUACAUACAACAUUCCACAAAUUUUGUAGAUUAAGCAAUCCAGCUUGGAGUUAGACCAGGGAAUUCAGCAACACGAGGAGGGCUUGGGAUCAUUAGGGAAGGGCCGAGCGCUGGUAUUUGGCUGCGAGCCAAAGUCGUACGCUGGCAGGUCAUCCGCCAGAUGUGCAGUGGGCUGCGCUGGCGGUCCCAAAAUAGGGUCUGCGACAGCUCGGAGCGACGCAUAAUCACUACCGAGAGCAAUUCGAGUUGCCCCUUCGCUUGCAUGCAAGGUUUCGGGGCCAAUAC